CUGACCAGAGCAAACACGCCAUACUCAGCCUAAAGGCAUUUUAGCUCACCUAAACCCGUCUUAUGUUUGUAGAAGGAAGUGAUCGUGAUCAUCAAGAAGAGGUUAUCGAUUUGAUUAUCAAAAUGCCUUCCUUCAAUCUCAGUGUGUUGAUGACCCUUGUGCUUGGCUUGCUUAGCCUUAGCAGUUUGAGUGAAGCUGAAUACCGCUACCACGUCUGUUCUAACACAACCAGUUUCACUCCCAACAGCACCUACGAAUUCAAUCUUAAGCUCCUCCUCUCUUCUCUCACCUCCAACGCCACCCGUGAACUCGGUUUCUACAACACCACUGCCGGCUCCCAAGAUCCCAACGCUGCAGUUUACGGUUCCUUUCUAUGCCGUGCUGAUCUCACAUCCGAUGCAUGCCAAGAUUGUGUAGCCACCGCAGCCAGAGAAACGGUCAAAGAGUACUGCCCCUUAAGAAAAGUCACUAUAAUUUGGUACGAUGAUUGCAUGUUACGCUACUCAAACAUGUCUUUUUUCGGCAAUAUGGAUAAAGCCCCAAGUGUUUAUUUGUGGAACGUGGGAAACAUAACUGAUCCAAACCGGUUUAAUCAGGUGCUGGUGGAUACAAUCACUGGCUUGGUGUCUGUGGCAGCAAAUGCGGCCUCCGGUGCUAAAAAGUUUGCGACAAAAGAAGCAAACAUUACAGGGUUUCAGGAGUUGUACAUCCUUGUGCAGUGCACGCCGGACCUGUCAAGCACCGCCUGUCAUUGGUGUCUUCUUGGAGCUAUUACACUUCUUCCGGAUUGUUGUGAAUGGAAGCAAGGGGGAAGAGUUUUGUAUCCUAGUUGUAAUGUUAGAUAUGAAAUGUAUCCAUUUUAUACGAUAGUUGCUGCCCCUCCUCUACCACUGCUUCUUCCUCCUCCACCUCCGGCAAGGUCUCAAGGAGGAAGAAGCAGAUUUUCUCCUUCCAUAAUCAUUGUCACCAGUAUUCUUGCUCUUGUUGCCGUCUCUGUGUUACUUGUAGCUUUCUACUGCUUCGCACGGAGAACAUCAGUAAGAGACGAGUACAAUACUGCCCCAAGUCAAGAAAAUGCUUUCUAUUGCUUCGCACGCAGAAGAUCAGUAAGAGACGAGUACAGUAACAGUACUGCCCCAAGUCAAGAAAACGUUGGGAAUGAUACAAACAGUGUCGAGUCCUUGCAAUUUGACUUGGGAACUAUUGAAACUGCCACCAGCAAGUUUUCUGACAAUAACAAGUUAGGUGAAGGCGGAUUUGGUGUCGUCUUCAAGGGAACACUUGCUAAUGGACAUGAAAUAGCAGUGAAGAGGUUGUCAAAGAGCUCCAAACAAGGUGUACAAGAAUUUAAGAAUGAGGUUGCAUUGGUAGCCAAACUUCAGCACAGAAAUCUUGUCAGGCUUCUGGGAUUUUGUUUGGAAGGAGAAGAAACCAUACUUGUCUAUGAAUAUGUGCCAAACAAAAGUCUUGACUAUUUUCUUUUUGGUACAAAAUCCGAAAAACGAGAACAGCUAGAUUGGUCAAGCCGUUGCAUGAUAACAGAAGGAAUCGCUCGAGGAAUUCUAUAUCUUCAUGAAGAUUCAAGGCUUAGAGUUAUACAUCGUGACUUGAAAGCGAGCAAUAUCUUGUUAGAUGGCAAUAUGAAUCCAAAAAUAUCAGAUUUUGGCAUGGCAAGAAUGUUUGGAGUUGAAGAUCAAACUCAAGGAAACACCAAAAGAAUUGUUGGCACCUACGGUUACAUGGCUCCAGAAUAUGCUAUGGAGGGAUUGUAUUCGGUAAAAUCGGAUGUCUUUAGCUUCGGAAUACUUUUGCUUGAGAUCAUAACAGGGAGAAGGAACUUUUUAGGCUUUCAUCCAACAAAUCAUGCACCUACUCUUAUAGGCUAUGCUUGGCAGUUAUGGAACGAAACGAAAGGGUUGGAGUUGAUGGAUCCUUUGUUGAAGGACUCAUGCAGUCCAAAUGAAUUUUUGAGAAACAUUCAUAUUGGAUUAUUGUGUGUUCAAGAAGAUGCAAACAAGAGGCCAACUAUGUCAUCGGUUGUUCUAAUGUUAAAAAGUGAAACCAUUAGUCUAUCCAGACCUGAGAAACCAGCCUUCUUUACAGGAAGAUCUACUGAUCACCAUGAUCAAGAAAACGCUCAUAAUUGCUCAGCCAAUGGUUUGACGAUUUCUAAUGACUUGCCCCGUUGAGGGAGAUGAAAAUUAAGUAAAGAUCAUUGUAUUCCAUUAAUUAAAGGCUUAUGUUGCACACAGAGACUCUGACGA